CAUCUCAAUAUAUAUUAUAAUGUAUCAAGUGGUGAUCGUUACCCUAUACCUGACACCUCGGCUCCAGUCUAUAUAACAGUUGGAGACGGAGGAAAUCUUGAAGGUCUUGCUGGAAGGUUUUUGGAUCCUCAACCAGAGUAUUCUGCAUUCCGUGAAGCCAGUUAUGGUCAUUCUACAUUGGAGAUAAAGAAUAGGACCCAUGCAUUCUACCAUUGGAAUCGAAAUGAUGAUGGAAAAAGAACUGUUACUGAUUCUGUAGUAUUCCACAACCAAUACUGGGUGAGCAAUCUGCGAAGGAGGAGACUUGAGAAGAAUAUUUGAGUUUCUUUUGGUUUGGAUUUUUUUGAUUAUAUUUGGAGAUCCAAAGAUGGACGCUGCAGAAGUUUCUCAAAUUUCUUAUGGCCAUCCCACAAGGCCGUCAAUUACCUGUGCGCCAAAUUUCAGAUUUCCUGGAAAUAUGUUGGUGAGCGGAGAUCCGGGGAUAUGAUGGAGAGGUGAACAGUUUAUAUAACAAAAUGGAGGAGUAUUUUUGCUUUUUAAAUAUGAGCAUAUAAAAUUAGUUAAUAUAAUUUUCUGUAUGGGUUAAUGAGAUUUAUGAAAA